UCCUCCCACUGCUGCUGGUGGAACCUGUGGGAUCAGGUGAGCUUCUGUUCCAUUCCAGGACACAGUUCACCUGAGACACACCAACACUUAGACUCUUCCAUCAGCCUUCCACAGAUUCAGUAAAUCCCCUCCGAUGUCUGACUGGGACAAUCAUGUGAGCUGAAGUCGUCCAGAACAGGAGUGAGUUUCACUGGACCAUUGGGGACAUUUCCAUCACAGCGUCAUUAACACAAAUGGAUCAGUGUGAGGACAGAGAGGAGGGAGCCCCUCCCCCAAAGACCACCGACAGGACCCCCCCAGGACCUGGACCCAGCUGUGUGCCCAUGAACAGUGAUGACUCCAUGGGUGUUUCAGAGACUCAAGUGGAGCAGCAGAGCUCAGAGGUUCCCACUGGUCUACAGGAUCAGACUCAGCUGGACUCCAUAUUUGAGAUAAAACAGAUGGCGGCACUUAAAGAAAGUCUGUUGAAAAUUCUGGUCAAUUUGGCCGAUGGUGAUUUUAAAAUGUUCAAGUGGUUCUUGACCAUUGAAGAACUACCCAUCCCAGUGAGUAAACUGGAGAACGCGGACCGGAUGGACACGGUGGAUCUGAUGGUCCAGACCUACUACACAAAUACUCAGAGAGUCACUGUAAGGGUUCUGGAGAAGAUGGACAGGACUGAUCUGGUGAAGAAACUUUCAAAAGGCAUCCCAGUAUCUAAAGAGAGCAUUGACCAGUGUCGGCGAAAACUGAAGAUUAAGCUGAAGCAGAAGUUUGAGUGUGUGUUUGAGGGCAUCGCUAAAGUAGGACACCGCAAAACCCUCCUGAACCAGAUCUACACAGAGCUCUACAUCACAGAGGGAGGGGCUACAGAGGUCAACCAGGACCAUGAGGUCAGACAGAUUGAAACAGCAUCCAGGAACCCACACAGACCACCAACAACCAUCACAUGUGAAGACAUCUUUAAAACACCACCUGACAGAGAUCAGCCAAUCAGAACAGUGCUGACAAAGGGUGUGGCCGGCAUUGGGAAAACAGUCUCCACACAGAAGUUCAGUCUGGACUGGGCUGAAGACAAAGCCAACCAGGACAUCCACUUCAUAUUUCCAUUCACCUUCAGAGAGCUGAAUGUGCUGAAACAGAAGAAGUUCAGCUUGGUGGAACUGGUUCAUCACUUCUUCACUAAAACAAAAAAAACAGGAAUCUGGAUCUUUGAAGACCUCCAGGUGGUGUUCAUCUUAGACGGUCUGGAUGAGUGUCGACCUCCUCUGGACUUCAGCAACACUCAAAUCCUGACUGAUGUUACAGAGUCCACCACAGUGGAUGUGCUGCUGAUGAACCUCAUCAGGGGGAACCUGCUUCCCUCUGCUCGCCUCUGGAUAACCACACGACCUGCAGCAGCCAAUCAGAUCCCUGCUCACUGUGUUGACAUGGUGACAGAGGUCAGAGGGUUCACUGACCCACAGAAGGAGGAGUACUUCAGGAAGAGGUUCACAGAUGAAGAACAGACCAACACAAUCAUCUCCCACAUCAAGACGUCACGAAGCGUCCACAUCAUGUGUCACAUCCCAGUCUUCUGCUGGAUCACUGCUACAGUUCUGGAGGACGUGUUGAAGACCACAGACAGAAGACAACUGCCCAAGACCCUGACUGAGAUGUACAUCCACUUCCUGGUGGUUCAGGCCAAACUGAAGAAUGUCAAGUAUGACCGAAGAUCUGAGACCGAUCCACCCUGGAGUCCAGAGACCAGGAAGAUGAUUGAGUCUCUGGGAAAACUGGCCUUUGAGCAGCUGAAGAAAGGAAACCUGAUCUUCUAUGAAUCAGACCUGACAGAGUGUGGCAUCGAUAUCAGCUCAGCCUCAGUGUACUCAGGAGUGUUCACAGAGGUCUUCAAAGAGGAGAGAGGACUGUACCAGGACAAGAGGUUCUGCUUCAUCCAUCUGAGUGUCCAGGAGUUUCUGGCUGCUCUUCAUGUCCAUCAGACCUUCAUCAACACUGGAGUCAAUCUGCUGUCAGAAGAACAAACAUCUGUUUGGUCUAGACUACUGUGGGACACCUCUGUCCAGUUCUACCAGACCGCUGUGGACCAGGCCUUACAGAGUCCAAAUGGACACCUGGACCUGUUCCUCCGCUUCCUCCUGGGUCUAUCACUGCAGACCAAUCAGAGUCUCCUACACAGUCUGGUGAAACCAACAGGAAGCAGCUUAAAGACUAACCAGAAAACUGUAAAGUACAUCAAGAAGAAGAUCAGUGAGAAUGUGUCUGCAGAGAGAAGCAUCAACCUGUUCCACUGUCUGAAUGAACUAGAGGACGGAUCUCUGGUGGAUCAGAUCCAACAGUACCUGAGAACUCAGUGGCUAAACAGUGUUUUCUGCUGCACAUUUACACUGUGUCAAAGCAUCAAUGUGACGACCAAACAAAUGAGCCAAUCACCAUCCAGUAACAUGUCAUGUGAGGGUUCAGAGCUCCUCCCACUGCAGGCGUUGACACCUGAUGUCUUUACAGGUGAGACUCAGAUUGAUCCUGGAAACAGCUCAGCGGUGACGAACACAAACCCUUUUCUGUCCGACGUCCACAGCAGAAUGGAUCAGAGUGAUGAUAGAGAGGAGGGAGCCCCUCCCUGGAAGACCACCCACAGACCCCCCACAGGACCUGGACCUGGACUUGGACCCAGCUGUGUGUCCAUGAAGAGUGAUGACUCCAUGCGUCUCCCAGUAUCUUUUAAAAGACAUGCUCCACAGACUCAACCUGGACCUGGACCUGGACCCAGCUGUGUGUCCAUGAAGAGUGACAACUCCAUGGGGGUCCCAUGGGAUUUUAAAAGAGGACAUGUUUGUGAUCCUCAACCUGGACCUGGAACUGGAACUGGACCGGGACCCAGCUGUGUGUCCAUGAAGAGUAAUGACUCCAUGUAUCAAGGAAUACACUUUAAAACAGGACGUGUUCCACAGACUCAACCUGGACUUGGACCUGGACCUGGACCUGGACCCCGCUGUGUGUCCAUGAAGAGUGAUGACUCCAUGGGUCGACUGAUAGACUUUAAAACAGAAUGUGUUUCAGAGACUACAGAGGAGCUGGCUGAGCAUCUGCACUGCAGAAGUCAGUCUGGAGUUCAGUGUGAACUGAAACGUAACCUGAAGCAGAAGUUUGAGUGUGUGUUUGAGGGCAUCGCUAAAGCAGGAAACCCCAAAACCCUCCUGAACCAGAUCUACACAGAGCUCUACAUCACAGAGGGAGGGACUACAGAGGUCAACCAGGACCAUGAGGUCAGACAGAUUGAAACAGCAUCCAGGAACCCACACAGACCACCAACAACCAUCUCAUGUGAAGACAUCUUUCAAACACCACCUGACAGAGAUCAACCAAUCAGAACAGUGCUAACAAAGGGCGUGGCCGGCAUCGGGAAAACAGUCUUAUCACAGAAGUUCAGUCUGGACUGGGCUGAAGACAAAGCCAACCAGGACAUCCACUUCAUAUUUCCAUUCACCUUCAGAGAGCUGAAUGUGCUGAAACAGAAGAAGUUCAGCUUGGUGGAACUGGUUCAUCACUUCUUCACUGAAACCAAAGAAGCAGGAAUCUGGAUCUUUGAAGACCUCCAGGUGGUGUUCAUCUUAGACGGUCUGGAUGAGUGUCGACCUCCUCUGGACUUCAACAACACUCAGAUCCUGACUGAUGUUACAGAGUCCACCUCAGUGGAUGUGCUGCUGAUGAACCUCAUCAGGGGGAACCUGCUUCCCUCUGCUCGCCUCUGGAUCACCACACGACCUGCAGCAGCCAAUCAGAUCCCUGCUCAGUGUGUUGACAUGGUAACAGAGGUCAGAGGGUUCACUGACCCCCAGAAGGAGGAGUACUUCAGGAAGAGGUUCACAGAUGAAGAACAGACCAACACAAUCAUCUCCCACAUCAAGACAUCACGAAGCGUCCACAUCAUGUGUCACAUCCCAGUCUUCUGCUGGAUCACUGCUAGAGUUCUGGAGGACGUGUUGAAGACCACAGAGAGAAGACAACUGCCCAAGACCCUGACUCAGAUGUACAUCCACUUCCUGGUGGUUCAGGCCAAAGUCAAGAACGUCAAGUAUGAUGGAAAAUCUGGGACAGAUCCACACUGGAGUCCAGAGACCAGGAAGAUGAUUGAGUCUCUGGGAAAACUGGCCUUUGAGCAGCUGAAGAAAGGAAACCUGAUCUUCUAUGAAUCAGACCUGACAGAGUGUGGCAUCGAUAUCAGCUCAGCCUCAGUGUACUCAGGAGUGUUCACAGAGGUCUUCAAAGAGGAGAGAGGACUGUACCAGGACAAGAGGUUCUGCUUCAUCCAUCUGAGUAUCCAGGAGUUUCUGGCUUCUCUUCAUGUUCAUCAGACCUUCAUCAACACCGGAGUCAAUCUGCUGUCAGAAGAACAAACCACAUCCCAGAGGUCUGGAUCUGCAGAGACACAGUUCUACCAGACCGCUGUGGACCAGGCCUUACAGAGUCCAAAUGGACACCUGGACCUGUUCCUCCGCUUCCUCCUGGGUCUAUCACUGCAGACCAAUCACAGACUCCUACAAGGUCUGAUGAAACAGACAGGAAGUAGCUUAAAGACCAAUCAGGAGACAGCUGAGUACAUCAAGUGGAAGAUCGAUGAUAAACUGUCUGUAGAGAAAAGCAUCAACCUGUUCCACUGUCUGAAUGAACUGGAGGAUCGAUCUCUGGUGGAUCAGAUCCAACAGUACCUGAGAGAUGGACAUUUCAACCCAGAUGUUCUGUCUCCUGCUCAGUGGUCAGCUCUGGUCUUCAUGUUACUGUCAUCAGAUAAAGAUCUGGAUGAGUUUGACCUGAACAAAUACUCUGGUUCAGAGGAGGCUCUUCUGAAUUUGCUGCCAGUCGUCAAAGCCUCCAACAAAGCUGUGUUGAGUAUCUGUAACCUGUCAGAGAGAAGCUGUGAAGGUCUGUCCUCAGUUCUCAGAUCCCAGUCCUGUAGUCUGACUCAUCUGGAGCUCAACAACAUGGACCUGAAGGAUUCAGGACUGAAGAUCCUGUCAGAUGGACUAAGGAGUCCAGACUGUAAACUGGAGACUCUCAGACUGUCAGGAUGUCUGAUCACAGAGGAAGGAUGUUCUUCUCUGGUCUCAGCCCUAAAGUCCAAUCCGUCCCAUCUCAGACUGCUAGACCUGAGCUACAACCAUCCAGGAGCCUCAGGACAGGAGCUGUCUGCUCUAGUGGAGGAUCCACACUGGACACUGGACACUGUCAGGUUGGAGCCCAGUGGAGUCCGAUGGUUGAGACCAGGUCUGAGGAAGUAUUUCUGUGAACUCACCCUGGAUCCAAACACAGCGAACGAAAAACUCAAACUGUCUGAAAACAACAAGAAGGUGGAACGAGUGAAGGACGUUCAGUCAUAUCCUGAUCAUCAGGACAGAUUUGAGUUCCAUCCUCAGCUGAUGUGUUCAACUGGUCUGACUGGUCGCUGUUACUGGGAGGUCCAGUGGAGUGGAGGGGUUCAUAUAGCAGUGACUUACAGUGGAAUCAGAAGGAAAGGAGAGAAUGAAGACUGUAGGUUUGGAGAGAAUCAUCAGUCCUGGCAUCUGGAGUGUUAUAGAGAUGGAUACAGUGUCUGGCAUAAUAAGAAACACACACGCCUCCCUCAGUCCUCCUCCUCCUCCUCCUCCUCUACAGUAUCAGUGUAUGUGGACUGUCCUGCUGGAUCUGUGUCCUUCUACAGAGUCUCCUCUGACAAACUGAUCCACAUCUACACUUUCAAAACCACAUUCACUGAACCACUGUUUGGAGGAUUUGCACUGUUGUACCCAGGAUCCACAGUGUGUUUGUGUGGUGUGUAGAUGUGUAAUUGUUUAGUUGUGUUAUGUAGUUGUGUAGUUCUGUUGUUGUAUAGUUGUGUUGUGUACUUUUAUAGUUGUGUAGUUGUGUUGUGUAGUUGUAUAG